CAGCGUCCGCGGGUCACAUGGUCUUACCUCUGACGUCAAUUCCCUGCGACGAAGAUCUCCAACAGAGACUUCACAUGUGAACCGAUUCGCACAAAUCGACCCUAAAAUAAGGGCCGAUGGCCAGUCGCCUCCUGUGCAGAUGCGCCCGCUUGGGCUGCAGGCUCUCCUCCCAGACUCCAGCAGCUGCUGCAGUCCGCAUGCAUCUUCCUGCAGGUGGGUCUGCAGAGACCCCCAAAGCUAAGGUCUGGUCAUGGGUCACAGAGAGGUUGAUGUGUGAGAGGGUGACUACCACCGAGGAAGACCCGUAUCCAACCAUGCCCGUACGCACCCAGCUGGACGAUCUGGUGGAGAAGGCAUCGACACCUGAGGAGGUUCUGGCAGCGUGGGCAGAGUUUGGAGGAAACGGCAAUCAAGCAGCUUCCAGCCUCAAUAAAUUGACUCAGUUGGUUCUGAGGUCAAAAGGGAAGUUUCGGGAGCCCGAACUCAUAAUGGAUUCAAGAGUCGUGGAUAUGCUGAAUACUUUAUCUCAACAGUUGUCAUCGGUGUGGAACGGCAAUCUGGUUAACGUCUUACGGACUCUGUGGUUCUUGGGUGUUUCCCACACCCAUGGGGUACUCAGCUCUGUCCAGACUGAAGUUCAGUGGAGAAUCCGCAGGCUUUCGUACAAGCAGCUGAGCUACCUGGUAGACUGGGGGGCGUUCAGGAAGGCGCCGCAGGACGCCGCGAUCGUCAGCUCCGCAUUGAAACAGCUGGAACUGCGCUGGACAGAGAUCGCCGACUCCAGAACCGUCAGCAUGUUAAUAUCCAAAGGAGAACACAUGUCACCUACUUUGAUGGACAAACUUGAAGACAAGGCCUUAGAGCUCGCAGAGAGCUUUACCGCUGAAGAGAUUCGCAGGGUUUGCGUGUCUUUGGCAGCUCAGAGUCGAAGAAGUGUCCCGCUGCUCAGGGCUUUGUCCUACCACCUCCUGCAGAAGCCUUCAUCCGACUUCACCACUCCACUCAUUAUGGACAUGGCUUUUGCAUACGGAAAACUGAACUUCCAUCAUUCUCAGGUCUUUCAGCGACUAGCUGGUGAGUUAUUGCCCACAGUCCCUGAGCUCAGCCCCACCGAUGUCACCCGCUGCUCUAAAUCUCUGGGAUUCCUUAAGUGGCUCCACAUCCCUCUGUUUGAGGCCUUUGCUGAGCACUACACAGCAAACAGCAGCAAGUACAGAACCUCCCAGCUCUGCAGUCUCCUUAUGACUUUUGCCAGACUGGGCUUCCAACCGGGCAAAGGCGAUGAGUUUUUUAGCAAGGUUCAUGUGGUUUUGGAGGAAUCCCUCGCAAGUCUUGAGCCUUUUCUGCAGACGGACGUGGCGUGGUCUCUGUGUGUGCUGCAGCAGGCUAAACCUCAGUAUGUGACUCCGCUUAUUCAAGAAAGCCACAUUCAAAAGCUGUCAAUUGGGAAUCCAGUGCGUGUGGAGAGCUAUCGACUGAAGCUGCUUCACAUCGCUGCCUCUCUGCAUCUGGAGAGUCCUGGUUCUUCGGGUCCCGUCUCCCCUCCGAGUGUCCUGCCCGUCCCGGCUAACACCUCCCCGCUGUCGGCCCUGCAGAGCAGCCUCAGAGAAACGUUACAGAGUUUGGUCGGUGGGAAAACGGAGGCUCUACGUGUGGGUGUUAACACUGUGUAUGGAUGGACUUUUGAGGGUGAGAUGGUGGUGGAUUGUGACAAUAAACCAGUUGACCUAUCGAAGCUGAAAGCCCCACAUCUACCAAGCGGAGGGGGAGACCAGGAUUUACCUGAAGGGGCGCGGCGGCUGGCCUUCCUGGGUUGGGAGUUCCCACACUUUGGCUCCAAGAGCAGAGAGCUGCUGGGACGCUUCCUGAUGAUGAAGCGGCAUCUUCAGCUGGCCGGCUUUAUUACAGUGGAGGUACCAUAUUAUGAGUGGCUGGAGCUGAAGACGGAGUGGCAGAAGCUGGCCUACCUGAAGGACAAGAUGGGGAAGGCUGUGGCUGAGGAGAUGGCAAAGUGAGGCCGGCGACAUAUGCAGGCACUGAGCUUUCCCAAACAAGUGGGACCACACAUGCAUCCACCCACCCACGAAACACACGCCGAACGGCAAGAAAACACAAAAACAGAUUUUCACUUCGGUUCCCUUGGCAACUUGUGGGGCUUUCCCUGUUUCCAUGGAGACGACAAGGAAGAGAGAAAUCAAAAGGGGUCUAUAUCCGAGAGGGACUUUUCCAGACAGAAGUACCGGCGGCGUGGGAUUUUUGCAUCAGAAUAUUGUUAUUGAUCAACAUAAUUUAUCUCUGAACGUGUGUCCGUUUAUGAUGGAAUAAAGUCUUUUAUUGCCAUG